AUGAGUGAAGUUUGUUACCUAAAUGGUAGCACAUUCCAGUGCAGAUGUGAGGACCAGUAUGUCUGGUCUUCUACGGACUGCGCUAAAUACGAAGCCUGUGAUGAGAUCACUAAUGACACGUGCAGCUGUAUCAGCAGUAUUCCAUCCAAUGGGCACUACUGCCAGCCAAAGACAGCUCCUCCAGUUGUUUAUACAUACCUCAUUUCUGUUGAGUUGAACAUCGCAGAUGUUGGACUAAUAAAUCCACUGAGGACCAUUCUGAGCAACAUCAGUUACCCAAUCAGCAUCAACCACAUGCAAAUCUCUGAUGUCAUCAUUUCUACAGUUUGCUCUCUGAGCAGUAGUGGUUACCAGUGCAGAUGUGAGGAUCAGUAUCGCUGGUCAUGUGACCAGUGUUUCAUGUAUGGAUCCUGUGACAACAUCACCUCCGACACAUGUGGAUGCAUCAAUGCCAUCCCUGCUGAUGGACAGCAUUGUCAGCCUGUUGACCAAUACAUUUCUCCAGUUGUCUAUGAAUAUAUUAUUACAAUGGAGCUGAACACCACAGAUGUUACAGUGAUAGACCGACUGAGAAACAUCAGUUACCCAGUCAGCAUCAACAACAACACACAAGUCUCCGGCAUGAACAUCUCUACAGUUUGCUCUCCGAACAGUAUUGGUUACCAGUGCAGAUGUGAGGAUCAGUAUCGUUGGUCAUGUGACCAGUGUUUCACGUAUGGAUCCUGUGACAUCACCUCCCACACAUGUGGAUGCAUCAAUGCCAUCCCUGCUGAUGGACAGCAUUGUCAGCCUGUUGACCAAUACAACUUUACAUUUUGUUCAGUUGGGACGACCACUCUAUCACCAACAACUUCUCCAGUUCUCUAUGAAUAUAUUAUUACAAUUGAGCUGAACACCACAGAUGUUACAGUGAUAGACCGACUGAGAAACAUCAGUUACCCAGUCAGCAUCAGCAACAACACACAAGUCUCCGGCACGAACAUCUCUACAGUUUGCUCUCAGAGCAGUAGUGGUUACCAGUGCAGAUGUGAGGAUCAGUAUCGUUGGUCAUGUGACCAGUGUUUCAUGUAUGGAUCCUGUGACAACAUCACCUCCAACACAUGUGGAUGUAUCAAAGCCAUCCCUGCUGAUGGACAGCAUUGUCAGCCUUUUGACCAAUACAACUUUACAUUUUGUUCAGUUAGGACGACCACUUUAUCACCAACAACUUCUCCAGUUCUCUAUGAAUAUAUUAUUACAAUUGAGCUGAACACCACAGAUGUUACAGUGAUAGACCGACUGAGAAACAUCAGUUACCCAGUCAGCAUCAGCAACAACACACAAGUCUCCGGCACGAACAUCUCUACAGUUUGCUCUCAGAGCAGUAGUGGUUACCAGUGCAGAUGUGAGGAUCAGUAUCGCUGGUCAUGUGACCCGUGUUUCAUGUAUGGAUCCUGUGACAACAUCACCUCCAACACAUGUGGAUGUAUCAAAGCCAUCCCUGCUGAUGGACAGCAUUGUCAGCCACUGACAGAUGACUUGAUUUGUCCAUCAACAACUCCGCCAGUUGUAACAACUACAACUGCUGCAACGACAAGGAAUACUACAGCAUUCUUAACACCAACCACGACAGCCACAACAGAUUCAACACUUACAACACAUAUGAACACCACAACAGCUGCAACAACAACUGUAACAGAUUCAACACCAGCUACAACAAAUGUUAACACCACAACAGUCACAUCAACAACAGUGGUAACAAUAACAACUACAAUUGUUGCAACGACUAUGAAUACUACAGCAUUCUUAACACCAACCACCACAGCCAUAACAGAUUCAACACUUACAACACAUAUGAACACCAUAACAGCUCCAACAACAACUGUAACAAAUUCAACAUCGGCUACAACACAUGUUAACACCACAACAGUCACAUCCACAACAGUGGUAACAAAUUCUACACCUAAUGCUACAACAAAUAUGACUACGACAACAGCUGCAACACCAACUGUAACAAAUUUUAACACCACAACACAAACAACAGUUGUAACAAAUUCGACACCUGUUGCUACAACAGUUAUGAACACUACAAUAGCUACAACACCUGUGCCAACUCCUGCUAAUGCAGAGGACUUUAAAUCAGUGGGACAAAAUGAGAACAGCAUCACCCUGCAGUGGAAAAAAGUGGAAAACAUCCUCACAUAUGUACUUGUGUCCAGUGACGGACUGGACACAAACGUCACUGCAGAAAUGGGAAAUAAACCAGUUACACAUGUAACCUCAGGACUCACAAAUGGGACUAAAUACAACUUCACUCUCUUCACCGUGUCUGAAAAAGUCAGAAGCAGUGGAGUGAGCAUUUCUGCAUUCACUGCUCCUCCUAAUGCAGAGGACUUUAAAUCAGUGGGACAAAAUGAGACCAGUGUCACCCUGCAUUGGAAAAAAGUGGAAAACAUCCUCACAUAUGUACUUGUGUCCAGUGACGGAGAAAUAAACGUCAAUGCAGAAAUGGGAAAUGAACCAGUUACACACGUAACCUCAGGACUCACAAAUGGGACAAAAUACAACUUCACUCUCUUCACCGUGUCUGAAAACGUCAGAAGCAGUGGAGUGAGCAUCUCUGCAUUCACUGCUCCUUCUAAUGCAGAGGACUUUAAACCAGUGCGACAAAAUGAGACCAGUGUCACCCUGCAGUGGAAAAAAGUGGAAAACAUCCUCACAUAUGUACUUGUGUCCAGUGACGGACUGGACACAAACGUCACUGCAGAAAUGGGAAAUAAACCAGUUACACAUGUAACCUCAGGACUCACAAAUGGGACAAAAUACAACUUCACUCUCUUCACCGUGUCUGAAAAAGUCAGAAGCAGUGGGGUGAGCAUCUCUGCAUUCACUGCUCCUCCUAAUGCAGAGGACUUUAAAUCAGUGGGAAAAAAUGAGACCAGUGUCACCCUGCAAUGGAAAAAAGUGGAAAACAUCCUCACAUAUGUACUUGUGUCCAGCGACGGACUGGACACAAACGUCACUGCAGAAAUGGGAAAUAAACCAGUUACACAUGUAACCUCAGGACUCACAAAUGGGACAAAAUACAACUUCACUCUCUUCACCGUGUCUAAAAAAGUCAGAAGCAGUGGGGUGAGCAUCUCUGCAUUCACUGUUACGGAGAAAUAA